UGUUGAUUUCAAGCUGCAGUUUCACAAUUCCUUUGAGAUUCUUUCCUUCCUUUUCCUUGCACUAGAGCGAUGGAAGAGAAGAUGAAUGUCCAAGAGCAGGGGACUAUGGAGCAGGCAUCACAAGCCCACCUUCAGAACCUUUUCAACUCCUACAUGAAAUCCUACUCAGUCAAGGCCGCCCUCGAGCUCGGCAUAGCAGACGUCAUCCACAGCCAUGGCCAGCCCCUCACCGCCCCUCAGUUGGCCGCCAAGAUCCCCAUCAGCUCCUCCGUCGACGUCUCGCGCCUCGAUCGCCUGAUGCGCUUGCUGGUGCACACCGGCGUGUUCGCCGAGGAGAAAAGUCUGGCCGGUGAAGAAGGGGAGGAAGUUUUGUAUGGAUUGACGCCAGUGUCUAAACUGAUGCUAAGGGACAGCCCGGUUAGUAUGUCGCCGCUUGUAAUGCUGGGCGUCCAUCCCUUGUUUGUCUCUGCGUGGGACAAUUUGGCAGCUUGGUUCCGAUCAACGGAGGGUUACCCUACAGCCUUUGAGGCGAAGCACGGGGAACCAUUGUGGAUCAAGGCGAGCCACGAUCCUGCGCUUAACAAGCUAUUCAAUGAGUCCAUGUCUAGCCUUUCCAAACUGCUUAUGGGUAGCAUGGUUGAAAGGUGUGGCGAAGUGUUCAAGGGUGUGAGCUCGCUUGUGGAUGUUGGGGGCGGGGAUGGCACCGUGGCUGGGCUCAUAGCCGAUGCCUUCCCGCACAUCAAGUGCAUGCUGUUGGACUUACCUCACGUUGUCGCUUCAUCAUCACUGCAAAUACCUAACGUUGUCGCCAUUGGAGGUGAUAUGUUCGAGUCUGUACCACCAGCUGAUGCAGUCCUUCUCAAGGCUAUUAUGCAUAAUUGGGAUGACGACAAUUGCGUGAGGAUAUUGACACGGUGCAAGGAGGCGAUCCCAAAUCCAGGAGGAAAGGUCCUCAUUGUGGACAUAGUAAGCAAGAAAUGGGCUGAUCAAGUGUUUAAUGAAAUGCAACUGAUCCAUGAUCUCAUUAUGAUGGUAUUCUUCGAGGGCAAGGAGCGCAAUGAAGAGGACUGGAAGAAGCUGAUUAUUGAUGCUAGCUUCUCCAGCUACAAAAUAGUGACCACCGUGGGCGUGUACUCUCUAAUAGAGAUCUUCCCUUAAUUGGGAGUUCAGAUCAGCUCACUGUGUUGUUGUUUGUGUUGUAGCUUGUUAAUUUGGAACACCUCAAUGGCCUCAUUUCCAGGCCCAAUAGCUUUAGCCUUUGGCUUGGAACAAACAUUGAAUAAUUUCAAUCGACUUGGUAAACCCACCAAGACAUUAAUAAUACUUUGCUUUUCAUUUGUUCUA